AUGAAGUUCGUGUAUAAAGAGGAGCAUCCUUUCGAGAAGCGGCGCUCUGAGGGCGAGAAGAUCCACAAGAAAUACCCGGACUGGUUCCCGGUGAUAGUAGAAAAGGCUCCCAAAGCUCGGAUAGGAGACCUGGACAAAAGGAAAUGCCUGCUGCCUUCUGAUCUUACAGUUGGUCAGUUCUACUUCUUGAUCCGGAAGCAAAUUCAUCUCCGAGCUGAGGAUGCCUUGUUCUUCUUUGUCAGCAAUGUCAGUCCACCCGCCAGUGCCAGGAUGGGUCAGCUAUACCAGGAACACCGUGAAGACUUCUUUCUAUAUGUUGCUUCCAGUGAUGAAAGUGUCUACGGUCUGUGCAGUUGCUGUCCUUAA